AUGAACAAUGGAACAGUCUCGGAUAAACGUUCCUCUUGUGCAGAAUGUAUUUUUCUAGGAUGGUUUGUUGAUUAUUCCACAGCUUCUGAUACUGGUGAUACAUUUUCACAAUCAAUAGCAGCUGUUCUUAAUAUUACUGCGUAUAACAAUUUCAAAUGGUCAAAAGAUUAUCAAAUUCAAACAGUAUUCGAAAAUGUCAGUGAUGACAAUAUUUAUACUGGAUUUCACCGAAUUUGUUCUCGUUUGGAAAAUGGUGUUAUUGGAUCAAUAUCAAGUUUAAAUACUCCAAAAACUCAUCUAUUCGAAGCAUUUAUGAAUCGUUUACAAGUACCAAUGGUAUCACUGAAUUAUUUCGAGUAUAAUAGACAAUUUGAUGGUCUCAAAAGGUUUCAUUUUUCAAUGAAAAUUGAUCUAUUACAAGCGUUAGCUGCAUUCAUCAAACGUUAUAAAGUGAAUAAAUUAUUUUAUGUGGUUGAAGGAGAAGAAGCAUUUGGUCGUUUUCAAACAAUGAUGGCUGCUCAAGCCCGUGAAAAAAGUUAUGAUAUUUUAGAUAUUCAAGUACGACGUUUGACUGAUGUCACAAAUCAAAAUCAUACAAGAAAUCUGUUACAAAGUGUAGAAAUUAAAGAUCGAGGUACAAAAGAAGAACGUUAUAUCGUCUUGGAUUUGGAUUCAGUUGAUAGUUAUAUAAAUGUACUUAUUCAGAUUCGACAUUAUGGAAUGACAACGCCACAUUAUCAUUACAUUCUCAUGAGUAUGGAAGCGAACAGAAUAGAUAUGCGAUUUUUUCGAUAUGGUGGAGUGAAUGUCACGUAUUUUCUGCCAAGAUCUAUGCAUCCGGCGUCACUACUAAAAAAUUCAAUCAACGACAAUGCAACCGAUCGUUUAUCAUUACCUUCCUUUGAGAAGAAAGCAUUAGCUGAUAGUGUUCAAUUAUAUAUGCGAGCGUUGAUAUUACUCAAUGAAAAAAAUAUAACAUUCUCGUUCGAUAAUAAUUCUGAUUAUCUCAAGAUUCGAUGUCGUACAGCUCAAAAACCAAUUGAAAAACAUAAAGUUGGAGAAUUACUAUUUGAUGUUAUGAAAUCUGUCGUAUUUGAAGGCUUUUCUGGUCACGUCGAAUUUAAUGAAUAUGGUGAGAGAGUUAAUUAUACACUCGAUGUACAUCAAAUCACAAUGAAUAAAUUACCAAGAAAUGUUGGAAACUUUACAAACGAUUUAUUUGUGAUGGAUGAUGUUGAAGUAUUUCAAGGUAGACAAACACAUGAUUUUGAUAAAGGGCGAGAGAGAAUUAUAACAACAAUUUUGGAUGAGCCAUUCAUAAUGAUAAAUACAACAGCUGCUGGUAAUCUGACUCCAUCAACAGCUGCUGGACAAUUUCUACCAUUUGAUCAUUUAUACGGUUAUUGUGUCGAUUUGGCUCGUUUGAUAUGUGAAAAAAAGUUAGAAAUUCGUUGUAAAUUUCGUAUUGUCAAAGAUGAUCUAUUUGGAAACAAACCGGCAGAUGGUCCGUGGAAUGGAAUGAUUGGAGAACUAGUUCGUCAUGAAGCUGAUCUCGCCAUAGCUCCGUUAACCAUCACUAGUCAACGGGAGAGUGUUGUCGAUUUUUCAAAACCAUUUAUGAAUUUGGGAAUCAGUAUUUUGAUUAAAAGACCCGAAAAAGAGAAACCGGGUGUGUUCUCAUUUAUGGCACCAUUAUCAAACGGAAUUUGGAUGUGUGUGACAUUCGCUUACAUUGGUGUAAGUGUUAUUCUGUUUCUUGUUAGUCGAUUUUCGCCGUACGAAUGGAACAUUGAAGAUGAUACGGCUGACACAGCAACACCACAAUUAUCAAACAAGUUUUCCAUAUUAAAUACAUUAUUUUUUGCAUUAGCAGCAUUCAUGCAGCAAGGAGUCGAUUUCAUACCAAGAUCAAUAUCAGGCAGAUUAGUGGCCAGUGUAUGGUGGUAUUUUUCAAUGAUCUUAGUUUCAUCAUAUACAGCUAACUUAGCUGCAUUUCUUACCGUCGAACGAAUGGUUACACCCAUUGAAAGCGUGGAAGAUCUAGCACGACAAACGGAUAUCAAGUAUGGAGUGGUGCGAGGAGGUUCAACGCAAACAUUUUUUGAAAAAUCGGAUGUGAAAAUAUUUCAACGAAUGUACACGUUUAUGCAACAAGGUGACGAUGUGAUGGUGAAUAGUAAUAAUGAAGGAAUAAACAAAGUUCGGAAAUCAAGAGGAAAAUAUGCUUUUUUACUCGAAUCGAUUAAGAAUGAGUAUACGAAUGAACGUCAUCCGUGUGAUACAAUGAAAAUUGGCAGUAAUCUAGAUUCAAAAGGUUAUGGUAUUGCAACACCAGUCGGAUCAGAACUUCGUGAAGCAAUCAAUAUAGCCGUAUUAGAAAUGAGUGAAGAUGGAACAUUAAAUACAUUGAAAAAACAAUGGUGGUAUGACAGAUCCGAAUGUGGAAGUGGAACAACGAAAGAAGCAAAACAAAGCAAUGCAUUGAAUCUUGUUAAUGUUGCUGGUAUAUUUUACAUUCUUAUUGGUGGUUUAGCAUUGGCUAUAAUCAUAGCUGUUUUGGAAUUUUUUGUCAAAGCCAAUGUUGAAGCUAAACAAACUAAAAGUGAUUUUUGUGAUGUGAUGAAGAGAAAUAUGCGUUUGAGUAUAACUGGUAUGGAUUUAGAAGAGCGAUCUACUGAUUUACAACAAAAUUGUUAUUUUUAUAAACUUCCAGAACAAGAUAAUUAUCAGAGUUAUGAUGCUCUGUUUGACGAAUAUGGUAAUCCUGGUAAUCAUGUUAAUGGAAAUCAAAGUCAGGUUUAA